AUGGCUGAGGAAACUACACACCACAAAAAGCCAAAAAAGAUUAAAAUCCCCAGACGGGUGCCGUCGGUGGUGAUCCCCCCACGGGUACCGAUUUAUGUCACGCCCGAUAAGACAACAUGCACCGAAUGUGGGUGUUUUCCUAAACAAGAACCAUAUGCUAAGAAAAAGAGACUUCUGCCAUGUUUAAAAUCCCCACCGAGGUUGUACGAACUAACUGCGGCUGUGGUGGAUAAAAUACCACUACCAUCAGCUUUUGGGUGGUCGGUGGAUGUGGUGGGGGAAUGGAUCGAGUUUAUGGGGUAUCCAGAGUAUAAGGAAUGUUUUAUGAAAAAUCAAAUUGAUGGCAAGCGUUUAUUAAUGUUUGAAGAUCCCUCUAGAUUGCCAGAGAUUAAUAUCAGACGAUUUGAUCACAUUCAGAUAAUCACAAAGGCAAUACGAAAACUAUUUAGUGCGGAUUUUAUAAGAUUCAUACGAAGCAUCGGACUUCCACUACGAAAGCCACUGACACACUGCACCUGGUUUAAGUCAAGGACUGGGCCCAGUUGGGGAAUCAGGGUCAACUGGUCAAGAUGUGACAUGCUGCGUUGGAUGAAAAUCAUUAUGCCUGAACCCGUUUAUAUGGAUCACUGGGAUUUAGUAUGGUAUCAGAAACCUGACUUCCCAAAAGUAUUGAUAGCAAGAAUCAAAAUGGACCGACCAAAAGUACACAUACCAAUAUACAAGCCUCAAGUGGAAUAUUGCUUGGAGUAUGUGGUUCCAAGAAAAUUCCGUUUCGACACAACAAUACCAGAGGAUGAGCAAUUUAUAUGGAUGGAAAGACGUGAGCUACCAAAGAAAAAGGAGAAAAAAGAGAAGAAGAAAAAGAAAGAAAAGAAAUUAACGAUACCCAAAGAGACAAGACUAUAUCCGGCUAAGAUAAAUCUUACGGGUUUAAACGGGAAAGAUUUGAUAUUGGCAAGACGGAAAAUGUCAAAACCGAAGUUUUUUGGAUAA